GUAGUUAAUAAUAAGUCCGACAAGACGACGAAAUCUCAUCAUGAGCUGUCCUCUCUGGAGAGGGCACAAGUUUUCUCCCUCUCUCUCUCUCUCUUCCAAAUCAAAUCAAAUCAAAUCAAUUUGAAUUCCAAAAUUUUUCAUUUCUUUCUAGCGAUUCUCCUUCUUCCCUCUUCUCUCUAUCUCUCUCCCUGUAUUUGUAUGGUAUUGUAUUGUAUUGUAUCUAUCCUUUGGCCUCUCUCCCAAUCUCAAGCAGUCAGGUUUCCUUCAAUGGCGAUUCGCAGAUAACACCCCAAUUCAUACGGUUGAAUUGCCUUUCGAUUGUUUGUUUAUCUUUUCCAUACGAUACCGACAAUUUUUUUUAGGGUUUUUUUUUUUUCUUAAGAAGGAUUUCUGGGCUGAGAGAGAGAGAUAGAAACAUAGAUUUGAUUGAUAAGAUUAAGAAUAAGAAUAAGAAGAAGAUGUUGUCGGACAAUGAGAUGGGUUUGGUGUUAGCUGUGUCUUCUAGUGUAUUCAUAGGUUCCAGCUUCAUUUUGAAGAAGAAAGGUCUCAAGCGUGCUGCUGCUAAUGGCACCCGUGCUGGGUUUGGUGGUUAUACAUAUUUGUUUGAGCCCCUUUGGUGGGUCGGCUUGGUCACUAUGACUAUUGGAGAAAUUGCAAACUUUGUUGCUUACGUCUAUGCUCCGGCUGUACUUGUCACUCCUCUUGGUGCAUUAAGUAUUAUCAUCAGUGCUGUUUUGGCACAUUUCCUGUUAGACGAAAAGCUUAGGAAAAUGGGAGUUUGGGGAUGUGUUUGUUGCAUCGUUGGCUCUGUUAUGAUCGUCAUUCACGCACCUCAGGAGCAGACUCCCAAUUCUGUUGACGAAAUCUGGAAACUUGCUAUGCAACCAGCUUUUCUACUUUACGUAGCUAUAUCAAUGUCGAUUGUCCUGGCUCUGAUUCUGUAUUGUGAACCUCUCUGCGGCCAAACCAACGUUCUUGUUUAUAUCGGAAUUUGUUCAUUGAUGGGUUCUCUCACUGUUAUGAGCAUAAAGGCUGUGGGGAUUGCGAUAAAGUUAACAUUGGAGGGGAUAAAUCAGAUUUGGUAUCUAGAGACAUGGUUUUUUGUCAUGGUUGCAACAAUAUGUGUGGUAAUGCAAAUGAUUUACCUUAACAAGGCGCUGGACACAUUCAACGCAGCAAUAGUUUCUCCUAUCUACUAUGUGAUGUUCACAACCCUCACAAUUGUUGCGAGUGCGAUCAUGUUCAAGGACUGGAACGGGCAAAACACAGAGAGCAUAGCCUCAGAGGUAUGUGGGUUCAUAACAGUGCUUACAGGGACAGUUAUACUCCAUGCGACGAGAGAAGAGGAACAACAAGCUUCUUCUUCAGGAAGAAUGAGAUGGCAGGAUUCAGGGAAGAGCUUUGAUGAAGAGCAUCUGACAAGUUUGUACAGCCCUGAAUAUUAAUUAAAAAGCUUGUCCCUCAAACUUUAGAGCGUCUUUUGAGCUGUGAACUGAAGGAGGUUAGGGGUCCUAAAUCACAAGACCAUCUCUAACCUCUUAGAGGGAAAAAGAAUGUAGCUCUUUGUGUAUAUAGUUUUGUUGUAAUAGUCUUUUCUGGUUUCUCUAUACAAAUUUGUCCAUAUAUUUUUUUUUGAGCUCCUACUAGACAACAGAUUAGUAGCUAGCUGUCAAUUUUGAAGAAGUACGUGUAUUGUUGACUUUGA